AUGCUCUUAGCUUCGCUUUUGGGAACAGUUACUUUGGCGGCUUUUGCAGUGGCCAGUCCUACGGCUGAUACCAACUCGAGCUAUGUGGGGUAUUUGAUAUCAACCUUCACGGACGCCGAGCCCAAAGUCCAGCAGUACCUCUCCAACGGCAGUGAUGCAUUAAGCUACAGAUUUCUAAACAAAGGACAACCCAUCCUUGCCUCCACAGUGGGCACCAAAGGCGUGAGGGACAUCUUCCUCGCGACGAACACUGCUCGUUCUGAUUACUAUCUGCUCGCAACUGAUCUUGACAUCAACGCCCCCUCCUUCUCCUGGGACCAAGCAACCCGCACGGGCAGCCUCGGCAUCGUAAUCUGGCACUCCACCAACCUCGUCGACUGGGCUCCCUCCGUCCUCCGCACCGUCGAGUCCCCUACCGCAGGAAUGGUCUGGGCUCCGUCGGCGGUUUACGACUCCUCCUCAUCGCAGUUCUUCGUCUUCUGGUCUUCGCGGCACUACAGCCCCGAUGACACGGACCACACCGGCAUUGCGACGACGCUUGAUUCCAUUCGGUACGCUACUACCACAGACUUUGUGACAUUCAGCGAGCCGCAGGAUUACGUAGCGUUGAACGAUACCCCGCUUAUCGAUCAAGAAUUCCUGUAUCUUGGCUCGCCGGGAUAUUAUGCGAGGUUUCUGAAGAACGAAACGACGUUACAGGUAUACCAGGAGACGACAACCGAAGGGCUAUUUGGGAGGUGGGAGAGGGUGCCGGGAUAUGUGACGGAGGAAAUCCCGCGCGAGGGACCGGCGGCGUUUGGGGAUGUGGAGCGGGAGGGAGUGUGGCAUUUGUUGUUGGAUGAUUAUACGGAGUAUGUGCCGUAUGAGACAUCUGGUAUUUGGGAGGGUGAGUGGGUGGAGUCGGAAAGCUCUGGAUUUCCGAUGGGCUUAAAACAUGGAUCGGUCACGUUAUUGACAAGUGGGGAGUAUGAGGCUGUUGCCGCGAGGUAUCCUGCUUAG